AAGAACAGCAGUCGCUGGAACCUACUCGAGUCGCGUGCAGACCGGUCGCUUUCACGUUCCACUGUAGUUCUAUAUAUACAUAUACACUUUGCUUUCGCUUCGGAGCAUCGAAACGGCAUCGCGUGUACGCUAUUGUGCGAUAAUCAGAAUCGCAUCAGCAGCAACGGACGAUCGAAUUCGAUUCCUCUGAAGCGAUUCGCUGGUAACCGAUCGUAGGGGUUUUCGGUGAAAUCUCGUUGGACGAGUACAGGUUGUCCUCGUGGUCCGUGCAGGAGGGAAAGAGAGGGUCAGGUGUAAGAACACGAGCAGGAAACCGCGGACACGGUGGAAGAGGAGACGUGAAGGGAACGGGAGGCGUAAGAGGACGGUGGGGCAGCGCCGUGACUAUGUAAACUACCAGCAUAACAGUUGGUGUGGCAGCGCGUGCGCAGGGCCUAGCAACCCGCAGCAACAAACGUCUGCGGGACAGACAGCUGAGUAACGUCACAGACAGCGAUCGCAAACGACAGGUAACACGAGGGUAGGCGAACAGACCGGAGUGCUGAACGAAAAAGACAAAGAAGCCCGCAAACUGGCUCCGGAAGUGAGGAUCAAGCAAAUUGGAAUGAGGGAGGACCUGUUGUCCAUCAUACGGCACACUAGCAGCGAUCAUUUUUCGGAAGAACUUUAGCCCGCGUGUCGAGGGCAGAAGGAACGAGAGGUGUUCUAGACUUAGGACAAGUUCAUCGGUUAUUCCGUACAAAUAGAGGGCUCUUGCUCGCUGGAUAUUCGGCCGCGGAAGCGUCAUCAGGGCUCCCUUUCUCAUCUUUCUUGUCGUUCGAAACCGUACCCCGUCGCCGUAUACCUGCCGACCGGGCUCCGCUCCCCUUGGAAGGCAACUUUCCGGACCUUUCGUCGGUUAUGCCCUGGGUGGCCGCCUGCUUUGACCUGCUGGAAGCUUCGAUUCACAGCUACUGCCUCGCGGUGAGGAACCUCGCGUUGCUGGCUGGCAUCCGUCACGAGGGCAGCGACGAUCCGACGAUAACGCUGGCAGAUCACGGUUCCGGUUCGUCUGACGCGCGGAAGGGUGCCCCGUCCUCAGCCGCCAUGGCUCCGAGCACCGAGGAACAGAGCCAAGAACCUGGUAAAGACAAAAUCCCGAUCAGGAUGCCAGGAGUCACGAAAUCGCCGCGCAAGUUCGCGGGGGUGGUGAUCGCGAUGUGCGGCCUUCCUGGACGUGGAAAAAGCCAGGUCGCUCAAUGCCUUUCGCGCAGGCUCAACUGGAAUAGCUAUUCCACCAAAGUGAUGCGCGUGAGCGAGUACCGAAGGAAAAGGUUGGACGGUUACGGCGAGGCGGUGUCCCACGAGCUGUUUCGUCCGGAUCACACGGCGAACGCGACUCUGAGGGCCAUGGCCCAGGGGGACGCAAUGCACGAUUGCGCAGCGUGGCUUGCAGCCGGGAACUCCGUAGCUAUCCUGGACGCCACGCUGGUGACGCGAGCGCAGCGCGCCGAGGUCUUCGACUAUUUUUCGGGCCAGCUCGGUUACCGCGUCCUUUUCAUCGAGUGCGUCUGCGACGAUCCGGUGGUGCUGGAGCAAAAUUACAAGGAGAUAUUGCGCUACAGCACCGACUACGUCGGCGUGGACCCGGCGCGGGCCGCGGAAGAUCUACGGUUGAAGGUCGCCCACUAUGUUCAAUCGCACGAGCCCAUGGAGGAGAAGAUCUAUCCCAGGAUACGCAUCGACACCGCCACCAUGGACAUCCAGACCUGCAAGGUGUCUGGACACAUCGAGACCAGCGUGCUUGGAUAUCUGGGCAGCGUCACCGUCAUGCCCCACACUCUCUACUUCUCACGGCACGGUGAAAGCGAGUACAAUGUCCUGGGCAAAGUUGGAGGCGACGCGGUUCUGAGCGCUCGUGGCGAGAGAUACGCGCAGGCAUUGGCGACGAAAUUCAACGCUAUGCGUAUACCUGAUCUUCGAAUCCUGACGAGUCGUCUUCGAAGGACCAUCGCGACGGCUCGCGGCGUCGAGGCGCCCCAGGAGCACGUGGCAGCCCUCAACGAGCUCCACGCUGGGAUCUGCGAGGGUCUUUCUUACGAGGAAAUGCAAGAACAGUAUCCUCAGGAGUUCGCUUGGCGCGACCAGGACAAGCUUCGCUACCGUUACCCUUGGGGCGAGAGUUACAUCGACGCGAUGCAGCGCGUGGAGCCGGUGAUAGCGAACCUGCAGAGGUCCGACAACGUCCUGGUGGUGUCCCAUCAAGCGAUCCUGCGCUGCAUCAUCGGUUUCUUCAUGGACAAAAAGCCCGAGGAGCUGCCGUACAUGGAGGUCCCUCUGCACACUAUCAUCCGCGCCAGCAGCCAGGGCUUCAACUACAAACUGGAGUUCAUCAAGCUGCCCAUCGAGUGUGUAAACACGACCCGGGUGAAACCGAACAAUUGCAGCGCUGACAGGACCGCCGACGACGCUCUGAUCACCGUCCCCGCGCACUUCGACAUCCCCGAUCCUUGGAGGAACCCUGGCAGCGGACCCACCCUCGUGCAGCAGCACUGAGACACCGCUCCAAGAUCCACGAUCGCGUCCAAGAUUCGAUCUCUGUUGGACUGCAAUUUUCGGGGAUUUCGAAAGUAACGCCAUGUUACGCAAGAAGGAGAACAGAGGGAUGACCGACGCGUUGAACUUAUUUGCUAGCAUGCAACCCGUUAGAACAGUUCGAUAACUAAAAACACGACGAUAGUAUUUGUACCACGAUUCUGUCGGUCUUACGAACAACGUACAUAUAUUUUUUCAGAAAAUAGUUGCUUAGCGAACGGAAGUAGGGCCGAUUAGGAACGCACAAGAGACCGGGAAAUUUAUUCGUGUAGUCGUCAAGUUUUUGGUUCCCCAAUUGGCAGCGACUUCUGAAUCCUGCUGCUCGAGCCCUCUAUAUGAUACCUUUGAAUGUUUAGUCGUAAUGUUUAGAACGAUAGACACAGCGAAUCGAUGUUGUAUUAGCCUAACGCAUACUUAGAAAUACAUCGACGUACUUACGUAGUAGCGCUUUUGAAUGUAUCGUUAUUUUUAUUACGGAGCAACGAAGCGAAGCAUGAAACUACUGGAUAAUGUUUUUUUUUAGGCGUAGAGGCUAGGUUUCUAUUUCUAUUUCUAUUUCGUUAUUUGUUAGUUCCUGGAUUAACGACCUAUCUGUAUAAAUUUAAUGCAGCUCAUACUUUGAAAGGGGAGACGAAUGUUUUGGUUGCCUCUAGAAAUGACUAAGAUAAGAUAGUUUAGCGCAGCGAUAAAAAAAAAAGGACUGAUAAUUGAAUCGACGAUAUCAAUGUUCGGAGAAAAGUAACGAUUAGUGGAAACAUUUUAGAUUACACGACGUAAAAUGUGCAUUUUUGCGCACAGAAUCGACGGAGUCAUUGGUAAUUUAAAUUCACCCGUAACUUUCGAGCGAUUUCAAGGCUGAUUUCGAUCAAAACCACGGUUUCCUCGCCGAGUUUUAAACAAACGUUUCAACGAGAAAGACGCCUUAUUUUCCGUCGAUGUCCUGCUGCGUUACGAUUAGGUUAGCUAUCUCGUAGGCCGCAUAAAUGUGCAUAAUAAUUCAUUAGCCGUAACGCGAACGUCCUCGAGGACCUAAACCCGUUCGACGGUCUCGCGAAUACAUGUGAUCAGAGAAAGAAUAAAAGAAGAAAAAACUAAAAUACACGAGCGAGGAAACAGUCGAAUUAUUAGGAAGAGAGAUAAAAAGGACGAUUUAAUUUAACAGGCAUUGUUUCUCCCUGAGAAAUUUGACAAAAGUCGAAUUCAACUAGUCGAGUAUCGAAUUCAUUGGCGAGCCUUCUGAUAUUUUUUUGUACCGCUCGA